CCUCCUCCACCUGCGCCUCUCCUCCCUCUCUCUCUCCUUUCUCACCUUCCCUGCUUGCCUUCCUCGUCGGAGGCCACGUCCGGGCCUUGCUCCCCUCCCUCCCUCCUUCCUUCCCUGCCGCCAUGCUCCCUGCCCGCGGCGGAGGGGGCUCCAUGCCGCCGCCGCCCACCGCCACCGCCCACUACCCGCCACCUCGCAUCACCCUCCCUUCGGGGCUGGAGAUCCUGCGCACCUACUCGGGGGCCUUCAUCUGCCUGGAGAUCCUUUUUGGAGCAAUAGUCUGGAUUUUAGUCGCUGCCACCAAAGUCCCUUUGCCACUACUACAGGGAUGGGUGAUGUUUGUGUCGGUGACGGCAUGUUUCUCCUCCAUCUCCUUCCUCAGUGUGUUUCUCUUCAGCUACAGAGAAAGAAUUUCUAUUGAUUGGAACCGUGUGGAUUUUCUUUAUCAUGCAGGUGUCUUUGUCUUUUAUUUUGGAACAUUUCUUCUGCAAGCAGCCACCACCUCUUUGCAUUCUUAUCCAUUUAAAUUCCAUCAAGCCACCAAUAGCACCAAAUAUACCCCAAUUCUUAAUGAGCACGAAUACAAUUUGAGCAUAUCGGCUUCUAUUUUUGCUUUUGCAACAACAGUUUGUUAUGGAUGCAGCACAGCCCUUGCUUUAAGAAGAUGGAAGCUAUAGCACCACAAGAGAAAAAGACAGCUGGAAAGCAUCCCAUCUGCUUUGUGUGUUUGUUCGGAUGAUCAAACAGGAUUUGGCCCACUUAUCAAAUAAGAGUGACAUUCCAAAGGAUGUUAGGAGUCCAUUUAUAUUUUUCUAAAAAUGUUGAUAUGCAAAGAAAUAAACUCCAUGCAUAAUUAAUACCUUUUUUUGACAGGGGAAAACAUGUUUAUUGUAAAAUUGUUUCAGAUGUGCCAUUCUGCUUUAAUGGCCUCAUUUGCAGGUUGCAAAAGUGGAGGAACAGCAUUUCGGGGACAUUU